AAGAUUACUGUAAGAGGGGUGUCAGUGUACCACAUUGCAGCAGUGACAGAGAACGACACAAACACGGCAGUGAAUUUAUGAUGCUUCUCCACUUUCUUCUGGUCUCCACGGCUGUGGCCAGCCCUCUACUGGGAACGGAGCAGUGUGCUCGUGGACCCCCGUACUGGUGCCAAAAUGCCAAGACUGCUUCGCUUUGUGGUGCCGUCUCCCACUGCCAACAAAAUGUCUGGAACCAGUCUCAUGUGAAAUCUGUGCCAUGUGACUUGUGCAAAGAGUUGGUGGCUGUGGUGGACAAACUGGUGAAAGACAAUUCAACAGAGUCUGAGGUCCUGAGCUACCUUGAGAAGACGUGCCAGUUGGUUCCUGAUGAAGGCCUGGCUAGUCAAUGCAAGGAAAUUGUGGACAAUUACUUCCCUGUCCUCAUUGAUAUUAUUAAAGGAGAGCUGGACGACCCAGAUGUGAUCUGUAGCGCUCUUGGCCUAUGUGUAACCCAGGAGGAGGUUUUUGCCAAAGCCCAGCUCAUGUCAAAUGAGAUUCCUGAGUUGGAUCUGACCCAGAGGAUCAAUCCUUUACUCCUCAACAUCCCUCAGCUCCUUUACCCCAAGGAGAAUGCCAAUAAGGAGAAGGAGACCACCGCCAAGGAGGGUAACGAAGUGUGCGACGACUGCGUAAAGUUCAUCACUGACACUCAAACGGCAGCCAAGAAAAACACCACCUUCAUCGACGCCAUGAUUGCACAGAUUGAGAGCCAGUGUGACCUGCUGGGUCCUGGUAUUGCUGAUAUUUGUACGCAGUACGUCAGCCAGUACGCACCUCUAAUCUUCCAGCAGCUCAUGUCCAUGGAUGAAGUGGUGCAAGCUCUGGAGAAAGUGUGCAGCAUCCUGCCCUCUACCCUUUCUGCACAGUGUAAGGACCUGAUUGAUACUUAUGGCCAGACGAUCAUUGAGCUACUGAUCCAGGAAGCUGAUCCCAAGACCAUGUGCAGCCUUCUGGGCAUGUGCAGGGACGCGAGUCGCACCUUUGUCCCAGAGAUGGUAAAGGCUGAGAACGAGGCAGCUGGAUUGUGUGGACUAUGCAAGGUAUUCAUACUAUAUGCAGGUGGCAAGCUAGAGCAGAAUUUGAGGAUCAUCUGCAGCAUCAUGCCUGUUGAAUAUAGCGCUCAGUGUGAACAAUUAAUUGAGCAUUAUGAGGAUCUCCUCAUCCAGCUGCUGCAGCAGGCCCUUGACCCUGAAUUCAUCUGCACGAAGCUGGGUGCAUGUCCUGGGGUGCGACGGAUGCUGUCGGGUCUUGAGCAGUGCAGCUGGGGCCCAGCCUACUGGUGCAAGAACAUGGAUACUGCCAUCCGCUGUAACGCGGUGAAUCACUGCAGACGCCUUGUUUGGAGUUAAAGACGAGUGGAGUGCACAAACUGACUCGAGGAGCUAAAGGAGAAUUUCUGUAGCGCUGUGUCUCUGUUUUACAAAAAUCAACCCUUCCUAUUGUUUUAUUUUAGUACAGUAUACAAGUAUAGUGCUUUCAAAACUAAUUAAGUAAUUUAGCCACCUGGGGAAGAUUGAAGUUUCCAUUUGAGAGGGAGUUAAAGAACGAUUCAGGAGGUGGACAGAACCUGUGGGAGAGACAGAGACUGAAUGGAAUGUUUUUAUUUUUAAACUGAACUUUAUGUUGACCAUUUGAUAAUGUGGGGGUAUUUUUUUUUUGUUUUUGUUUCUUCUUCCUGAUUUAAUUGUGUAAUUGCAGGUGGCCUUGAAUGAUGAGGUUAUGCUCUGAGUAAAGAGGAUGUCUGGGACCUCUGAAUGAACAGUUUUAAUUCUCUUAAAGGAAAAGCUGCUCCUGAAACUGCUAUAGCCACUUAUAAAGCCAGUGAGAUGAUUUUAGGAAGAUCCUGAAUUUCAUGUGACAUUACACUCAGUUUGUAUCUAUUGCUCCAUCACACUGUUUUGGGUGUCUUGGUCAAAUGAUUAAGCUUCGUUGUGCUUCAAUCUUAACACUGAACUAUUUGUUGGAAUCUGUACAAAUCUUUUGUGGAAAAUAAACAAACAAAUCUA